AUCAUACGUAGUCGUACUCUUUGUAAGUAACCUGUAAUGGUCACUGAGUCGCGUUUUAAAUGAUUUUUUCGCUAUCAGAUUUAUUCAUGAUCCGAAUACUAAUUUUAGUGAUAAUUUUAUUUCGAUUUGACAAUUUGAAUUUCCUGCAUAAUUUUAGUUCAGUGCGGUCAUUCAAUUUCGUUUCGGCUAUUUUUGUUAAUAAGACCACGGUACCAUUUAUUAAUGCAUUAAAUUCUAAACUGUAACGAAAAAUCGCCGGAUCACAUAAAUUUCAUUUUUAUUAAGUUACAAUCAUGGAAAAACAAUCGCUUGAACAUUCGGAAUUUGAUGAACCUCCGAAAUAUGGCCUUAAAUUGGCAUUAAACCACGAGUUUCCUCUAAAAAGUAAACAACUUAUAAUACCGAGGCCUAAACAAAUCUUUGCAAUGAUGCCUUUAACAACAAGGUACAUAAAAUAUUAUUUAGCUCGGAAAAUGCAAAAAAGGAAACCAAUAAUGGAUUAUCUUCACAUGAUUUCUGCUCAGAGAAUGUAUGGUUGCCCAAUUGGAGGAAUAGGGGGUGGGACAAUCGGCAGGGGAUUUAAAGGGGAGUUUUGCCGUUUUCAACUGAGCCCUGGCAUUUAUGAAUAUGUCACUGUACCAGAAUGUCAAUUUAUUGUGAAUAUAAGGAAUGCCAAAAAAGAAACCAUAUUUCAAUCAGUUUUGUCUACUUAUAAUAAACCCAAGAAAGUACUCCCAUCGUGGGAAUGGAACAUUAAUGGAUCGGAUUGUGAAUAUACAGCUUUAUACCCAAGAGCAUGGACCACAUAUGAUCUUACCAAAUAUGGUAUUAAAUUAGUUUGUCGACAAAUAUCGCCUGUGAUACCUCAUAAUUAUAAGGAUAGCAGUUUGCCGUGUGCUGUGUUUGUGUUUUCAGCACAAAACGUUAGCAAUGAGCACAGACAUGUUAGCAUUACAUUCACAUGGACAGAAGUUUUAGCAGAAUUAAAUAGAAGAAAAACAGUAGGUAAACUGGAACUGGAGAGAUAUUCAGAAGAACACACAUGCGGCGUAACAUUGGAACAGAUUAUAGUUGAUCAGCCUUGCACUUUUACAAUAGCUAAAAAGAAGGAGGAAAACGAAACAAUACACGAAGGUUACUGUUUAUGGAACUCUUCAAAAACGUGUGGUUACGUAUGGGAAUGUAUCAAGAAACACGGAAAGUUACAACCUGAUCCAAGUCAGACAACGGCUCCGCCGAACAAGGCUAAAAAGGAUGGUAAAGAAAAGACAAAAAAGGUGUACAAAAGUAAGUCACAUAGUUGUAAUGACUCCAUAGGAUUGUCAAGCACAAUAUCUUUAGACGCAGGAGCGCACGGUUUAACCGAGUUUUGCCUUGUUUGGGAUAUGCCUGUCAUUAAAUACAGACAAGACUCUAAAAUACAUAAAAGAUAUUAUACAAAGUAUUUCGGUAGUGAUGGUAUUGCUGGUGCGGGCAUUGCUGCAUACGCGCUUAGAAAUUAUAAAAACUGGGAAAAACAACUUGCAGAGUGGCAAGACCCUAUAUUAAAUAAUAGCUAUAUUCCAGAUUGGUUAAAAAGUGCCUUAAUGAAUGAGCUUUACUUCAUUGCUGAUGGUGGAACUAUAUGGUUUGACGUCCCCGACGAGUAUCACGAGAAUGAUCCUCGGCAUGAAUUUGGUGUGUUCGGGUACUUAGAAGGCCACGAAUACAGAAUGUACAAUUCCUAUGAUGUUCAUUUUUAUGCAUCUUUUGCACUCGCACAACUAUGGCCUAAUUUACAAGUAGUCCUACAGUACAUGUUCCGUGACUCAAUAACGACGGAAACGACGAAAGUAAGGCAAACUUUGUAUAACGGGAAAACUUGCAAAUUCAAAAUCAAGGAUUCCAUUCCGCACGACCUGGGAGAUCCCGAGUGCGUGCCGUUCACUCAGAUUAACGCGUACAACGUGCACGACGUGUCCGAGUGGCGCGACCUUAACCUCAAGUUCAUCCUGCAAGUGAUGCGCGACCACCGCUUGCUGCGGGCUCAUAGCGCGCCCUUCGGCAACGAGCGCUGUCUCUCGUUGGCCUUCAUCGAUGACGUGCGCGACAGUAAUGAGGAUCUAUACGCGCGCUGUACGCAAGAGGGCGAACCGGCUUUGCCCCCUCCAUACGAGCCCCCGCCUACACCCCCCACUUCACCUACACGGGGCGUGGCCGGGAUCUUAGAGCUGCUGUACCGAUCGGACCCGCCCUCGAAGCGAGACUCUGCCUCCGAGGCGCCCUGUCAUCGGGACUCAGUGGCAGUGUGGGACGCUCGUCGCUACCUGGCGGAUAUGUACCCGCAGUGCGUCGCGUUGUUACGUCGCGCCGUGGCUUGGGACAGGGAUGGUGAUGGUCUCAUCGAGAACGGUGGCUUCCCGGACCAGACGUACGACGCCUGGAUCAUGACCGGCCCGAGCGCUUACUGUGGCGGUUUGUGGGUGGCAGCUAUAAGCGCUGUUCGAAAUAUGGCGCGACUGCUUGGCUUGGAGGAAGAUCAAAAAGAGUUCUCGAAGCUACUAGAAAGAGCUCGCGCCUCCUACGAGACGAAACUGUGGAACGGUUCUUACUACAGAUUCGAUACGAAGCCGUCCAAUUCUGACGUAGUAAUGGCCGACCAGCUAGCUGGGCAUUGGUUCCUCCGCGCAUCCGGCUGGACGGACCAAGUGUUCCCGGAUGCGAAUGUUAAGAAAGCCCUGCAUACGAUAUACGAGAACAACGUACUUCGGUUUUUAAGCGGUCGUAUGGGUGCGGUGAAUGGUUACAUAACGGGCGCGAGCGGACACGUCGAUACGUCUGCCAUACAGAGCGAGGAGGUGUGGACCGGGGUCACGUAUGGACUGGCUUCGUUAAUGAUUUAUGAAGGUAUGCACGAGCAAGCAUUCGCAACAGCUGGUGGUCUACACAACACUUUAGUAAAAAUGGGCUUAUCGUUUGAAACACCAGAAGCACUCAAUGAGAAUGGAAACCAUCGUUCGAUAGGCUACAUGAGACCUUUAGCUAUAUGGGCCAUGUAUCAGGCCUUACUAGCUAGGCCUUGCCCCCCAGUUCCAGUGACCAACGGUCAAACCGUACAUUCUAAAGAAAAUAAUUUAUAGUGCUAGCAUAAGAGUAUAUCUGUAUACAAAUACAGGACAAAAAUUACGUUUAAAAAAUUAAAAUUACGGAUAAAGAAAUCUGUCGUGCCAA